AUGCUGCAUAACGAUAAUAGUUUCAAGGCGAACAACAACAACAACAACAACAACGAAGCAGGAUCGUCUCGUGGUGGUGUUUACUGGCACGAGGGAAGCGUCUCGCGAGGUGAACGGGCGUCUCUGCUCGGUCAGACAGGCUGCACGGUGUGGCUCAGCGGGCUCUCCGGGGCGGGCAAGUCGACGAUCGCUUGCGCUUUGGAACAAGCGCUUCUGCAUCGUGGAUACUUCGCCUACCGUCUAGAUGGCGACAACGUGCGUCACGGGCUGAAUAAAGAUCUCGGUUUUAGUGCCGACGACCGGGCAGAGAACAUUCGCCGCACUGGCGAAGUCGCCCGUUUGUUUGCCGACGCGGGCUGUAUCUGCGUUACGGCCUUUAUUUCACCGUAUGCUGCCGAUCGACGUGGCGCUCGAGCGCUGCACGAGGCCAGUAGUCUCCCUUUUGUUGAGGUUUACGUGCGCUGUCCAUUGGCCGUUGCGGAGCAGCGCGACCCAAAGGGUCUCUACAAAAAGGCGCGUGCCGGUCUGAUUCACGGGUUCACUGGCAUUGACGACCCGUACGAGGAGCCCGAUAGACCAGAUGUUAUCCUGGAUACGGAUAAGCUCUCAGUUGGUGAGUGUGUUGAGCGCCUGCUAUGCACGCUGCGCGACCUGGGUGUCAUCGAGACGCCAACGACUCGGGUGUGCGCGACGUGCGUGAAUGCGCGCAAAGAGCGUCUCCAGCAUAUGAACUGA